AUGGAUAAAAUUAAUAAAAUUAUGGAAUAUUAAUUAAGAAACAUUGGUUCAAGAAUAGAGCAAAUUAUUGAUGAGAACUAAGAAUUAUUGAAAUAUAAGUAAUUUAGAAUUGAGUUAAUUGAUGAUUCAAAAAAUAAUUACUUAAUUGUUCAACAAUAGUCUUUAAUUAAACUGGAUCAAUAAUGGUUUCAAAUGAGUAAUCCGCUAUUAGGAUAUGGAAAUUUAACGAAGAAAAAGUAGAACUAUUGCAAACUUAAAAUGUACAUUAGGGUAAUAUAAAUUGCUUAGUCUAUAGUAAAUAACUUAAUAGUUUUAUUUUUGGAUCAGAUGAUCAAACUAUUAUUUGUUGGAAAUAUAUCAAUAAUGAUGAAUGGAAAAAGUUCGUAACCAUUUGAAGAACAUAAUGAUAGUGUUUUAUGUUUGAUUUUAAAUAAAUCAGAAGAUCAGCUAAUUUCAGGAGGAUAUUAUAAAUUAUUAACUUUUUGGGAAGUAGAUCUUAAUAAUAAUGAACUCAAAUUUAGAUAUUCUAUUGAUAAAUACGAGAAUUAAGUGCGCUAAUUAAAUUUCAAUUAAUCUGAAUCGUUAUUUGCAUCUUGUGCUUUUGGUGAAAUAAUAUUAUGGCAAGAAGGAGCAAAUAAUAAAUGGGAACCUUUAUAAAUAAUUAAAUCAUCAAUUUAUAGACUGAAACUGCAAUUUAUAAAUGAUUCCAAAUUUCUUUGGGUAUCUUAUGGAAAGAAUUAAGAUAAAAUUUAGGUAUAUUCAUAAUAAUAUGGAAAAUUUGAAGAAUAGUUGGACUCUCUAAUCUAAUUAGAUAAGAAUAUUGAGUAUAAUGAUUAUUCUUAAUUCCCUAUAAUUUAUAAUCAAGAACUCGAAAUAAUAAUAGUAAGACAUAAGCAUAAAAUAUACAUAAUUAAAUAUUAGAAAUAAGAUAAAUUUAGAAUUAUAUAUAGACACGAUUUUGGAAUUAAUGAUAUGUGUGGAGCAUUAACAAAAAAUGGUGAAUAUCUUGUUUUAUUCGAUUAAAUUUAGUAGCAACUGUAGAUAUUCAGGUUAUUUAAUAAAUGA